AUGGCAGCCAGAUUUCGGGCCAAGAUCGUGCCUUUUGGGGUCGCGGGUGAGGACGAUUUGGAUCUCGAGAUGGAUAGUGUAAUAAUCAGGGCAAAGAGAGGACUAAUGAGUUGUGGUUGUCAAAACAGCUUGCUGAUGCCACUCCCCAUUUACGUUCGACUGCCACAGUCUAACAACCCCAUCACUUCCGGUGGUAGCCAAUGUCAUCCCACUCAUGUCCCAUUCCAUCUCCCACACCUACGCAACCAAAAUACUAAGAUUGCUAGUGAAACUAACUUCUAUCAAACCACCUCACAAAACAAGCAUUAUCAAUACCUCGCUGUCAUGACCAGAGAGCAAUGCAACUCUCUGCACCGAAAGCCUUCCAUCCUGAUCGGAACAAACUCUUCUGAUGCUUAUAAAGAGAGAGAGAGAAGGGAUAAUGAUUUAGUCUUAGAGGAUGAUACCUUCCAAUGUUUGGUGCCCAAGCAACUGCAUAAACUUGAUCACCCUUAUCCUCAGGCAAAGAAAGCUCAGCAACUGGAAGCCAUCUUUGAUGAUCCAGAUCAAACUCCCAAACCUGUUAACUGA